UUUCGAAAGCAACGUGUUUUUUAUUAUAAAACGCAAGAGAACUGCGUUUGAUCAAAAUUUGGACUGCAGUAUACAUUUCCUGACAAAACCGAAACUUUACGACGAUGUCUGGGUUGGGAAACUUUGGGUUAAACUCUCAAGGAUCGAUGAGUAUGCUAGGAACACUAGCACAGUCCGCACAAAGGCUUGAUCGCUUGAUGGCAGGUAAUCGUGGCUCCUCAAGGCAGGAAAGCAACUAUGGUCGAAAUGAUUCGCGAAGAUCAAUGGACGACGACUUCUUCGGCGGUAGGAGCACCGAUCGCUCUCGCAGGCGAUCUCCCUCGCCUCCUCGGCGAUUUAAUCGUGAUGACAGACGAAGUAAUGAUCGUCGAGACCAACGAAACCAGAGACGUGGUCAGGAUGAUGAUGUUUUUGGAUCUGGUGGAGCUGGAAUUUUAGGCGCAGCCCCAAGUGGUAACAACAGGCCUGCAAUAUCUUCAGGACUUGGUGAUCUAGGUAGUUCGUCAUGGAAUGAGAACAGUUCUGGCAGUGGUCUUAAUAACCUGAAUUCUCAGACACAGCAAAUUUUAAACAUGAUGCAGACCCAGCAACUCUUGGCUGCAGUUCAAGCCCAGGCAAAGCUUGCCAAUCCUGGCCCACCAAGUCUGAUGGGGAAUGCUCCAUAUGGUCGUAGUGGGGGUAGGAUGAUGAACCAACAAAGGGGGGGCCGGUUCAACCGAAAUGAUCGGCAACGCCAAGGAGGGUACAACAGAAGAGAUGAUAGAAAACGACGAUACUCUCCUCCACCGCGACCUUUCAAAAGAGAGAGAAAAGAUGGAGAUGCAGCAAGAAAAGAUCAAAACGUGAAGAAGACCACAACACAAACUGCCAAAGUUGUUGCAAAGAAGGAUGUGAAACAGGACGCAAAAGAGACUAAGGCCAGGUCACCAACAAAAGGAACUGAGGGGAAAGAUGCUAAAAAUCAAGAAAGCGAAACGAAGUUAUCAAAGAAUGCUGCUGAUGAAGAUAUCCAAGAGUUGAUUAAAACAAACUAUGAUGGCAAACGUUACUGGUGCUCUCUCUGUAAAAUUGUUUGUCUCAAGUCAAAGAACAUUUACAAGCAUUUCUUGAGCGAACGUCAUGUGAAAGCCUCCAUUGAGAAACAAGGCAAAGUAUUUGAUCCUGAAAUUAUGAAGAAGCAAGAGGUCCAACAAGACCCACCAAAGGCAAGGGACAUCAGCGAGCUCCUGACUUACGUUUGCAGCACAAAACAGACAGCGAGAAAGGAAAAUAAUGACAUCUACAUCUCGUCUUUGACCGACUGUACAGUCAAGAUUGUAGACUUCACUACUCAGCAAGACUUCAUGGGCUCCGAAUUUGUGAAGGCCGUCUCUGGUUUCAAGUGUCAAAUGUGCAAGAACUUCAUGCGACAUGGAAACGAAAUUAUUCAACAUCUCAAAGGAAAAAAGCACAGUUCAAAUUAUGAAAAAUAUUUGAAAGACCACCCAGACUACUUGGUAAACCAACGCGAUGUCAACAAGAACUUGGUGGAUAUGUUAAAAGAGGACGAGGGAAAAGAUGUCGUCCUUCAAGAAAGCAAUGGCGAUGCUCGCAAAGCUGAAUCCAGCCAGCAAGCAAAAAGUGAGGAAGAAACAGACUUGAAUAUGGAGGGAUUGGAUAGCUCCGAAGUUGACGACAAUUCCAAGAUGGCGGACGAAGCCAGUUUCAACGAUUCUGCUCUUCACGAUUCCAUUCAGGAUUACUCCAUCGAAGAGAAUGAAAAGAAGGAAGCCGAUGAUGGUAAAGUGGAAGAGAGUGAAGCAAAAGAACAGAUGGAAAUUGAAGAUGUAAAUGAAGCUGAAAAGGAGGAAGGUGAGAAGAAGCAAAUGGAAGAUGAACAAAAAGAAAAAAAUACGGGAGAAAGGGAGAAGAGGGUUUCAAUGGAGGCUGACGAGGAAGAAGAAGAGUUCCCGCUUCUUGGUCCAAUCAACCCAGUUCAAUAUGAACCAAUUGAGCAGAAAGCCGAAGUUGAAGCGAAGGGCGCCAAAGUCGAGGCGAAAACCCCCGAAGUUGAUGCGAAGCCAGAACAGAACGAAACUCCGGAAACCCCUAGCGAACCCGCAGUCGAAUCGGAAGAAACCGAAGACUUGACGCCGAGCAGGCGUGGACGAAAAGCGCGUCGUGGACGUGGAGCCACGAAAGCCACGCGUGGAAGACGCAGGACUCCACGCGCGGCCAAGAAUGUGAAAAAGCCCGUUGAAGUUGUCGAGCUAGAGGAUGAGAUUGCGGAGCCAGACGUUGGCACCAGCGAGCCACGCGAAGAGCUCAACUAUAUUCCGAUAGAAACAGAGAAGGAGCCGGAUACAGAAACACCACCAGCCGAAGCAGCUUCAGAUCCGGUAGAAGUGGCCCCCUCCUCUCAGGAGACCGGGGAGGGGCUGGUCUCGCCACGGGGAAAAGCUGGCGAUGUUGACGCCAUUGAUGGUUUUGAAGUUAUUGACGAAAUUGAAGAUGGUGAAGAAGAUGACUCGGAAGAUGACGAUUAAAAACAAAUCAAUAAAAGCGUUCAGACUUUUUAGUUGAAGAGGUCUUUGUUUAACACAAGUAAUGGUGUGAUUUUCAUUAGUGCAAUGUGGGGAAAGAUUAAAUCUCACAAAAAAUCAUGCCAUUACUUUAUUAUACAAAAAGUUAGCGACACGUUUAAACUUCACCUAAAUUUAAAACCACCUUAACGCACUGCUGUUAGAACAUGCCAUAUAUCACGGGUAUUUUCCCCGUUAAAAGCUCUAACUUUAUCGGCGCGUAACGAUCACGGAUACGUUGCAUUGUGAUAAAAAAAAAUUGCACAGCUAAGAGCUAAUGGUCUUAAAUUUCACUGUCUCUGGUCGUUCAUUGACGACUGCACAGCUAAGAGCCAAUGGAAUUUAAGAAACCAAACCAUAUCAUGUAUACUAGUUCGUGUAAAAAUAGCGGUUUAAACCUUUUACUAUUGGGAUUCAUUAAAGGAUUCGUACGAAAUCCAUUGUAAAAGCAAAAAAUUUAAUGGACUUGAAAGCUUACGCUUAACUCUCAGAUGGUAUUUUUUUCGAAGCUUGUGAAAUAUUUUCGAGUUGCAAGAUUUUGGGGUCCUGACUCCUGAAAGCUAAUAAGUAAAAGGCCCUCAGAUCUUGUUCUUUUUUGACAUGUACGAGUACGACCCUGUCUUAGCAUUAGAAACAAUGAGGCCGGUGAUCGAGAGUUGUCAUGUAAAGUUCUGAGAGGAGUAUUAAAAGUA